AUGGCAUUGCGCACUGAUAAACGUUCUUCUUCUACGAUACGUCCCAUUUCAAUUGAUCAAAGUCUCCUUAGUAGAGAUGGUUCUGCUAGAUUUAAUUUCGGCAAUUCUUCCGUACUUUGUUCAAUAAAUGGUCCAGCUGAAGUUAAAUUAAGAGACGAAAAAUUGGAUAAAGCCACCAUUGAUGUGCUGGUUAAACCUUUAGUUGGCACAACAGCUGGAUUACACCCGAGGACACAAAUUCAAAUUGUUUCACAAGUGAUGAUGGAUGAUGGGAGUAUUGUGGCAGCUGCAAUAAAUGCAACUACGAUUGCUUUAAUCAAUGCAGGGAUUCCAAUGAAAGAUCUCGUCGCGGCUGUUUCUUGCGUUGUAAAUAAAGAUGAUAAAAUAUUAUUGGAUCCUACAGCACAAGAAAUGGAAAAUGCGAAAUCUAUUCAUACUUUUGCCUUUGAUAGAACAUCGUCUACCCUAUUAUUUUGUGAAUCUUUGGGAUUAUUUACCGAAGAACAG